AGUAUCUCUCGCGUCAUGGUGAAGAUUCUGACCGAGUUCCACUGCCUUCCUCCCUCGUUCUUCAUCUCCGGUAUCACCUUGACACAUGAAGAUGCGGUAGCAUCAGGGGGAUUUGGUGAUAUCUUUAAGGGCAGGUACCGAGGUAAACUGGUCGCAUUGAAGAGAUUACGCCUCUACAAACCAGAGCACGGACCGUUGCUUAUGAGCCAACGUUUUUAUCGGGAAGUCACCGUCUGGGGAUCAUUAGAUCAUCCGCACGUUCUUCCCCUAUCUGGCAUCGAUGCCUCGAUAUUCUGUCCUUGCAUUUGCAUGGUCUCGCCUUGGAUGGAAAAUGGUACUCUUCUUGCGUUCAUCGAGAAGGCAAAAUGCUCGGAGGCGGAGAUCACCCGAUUACUGUAUGAAGCCGCUCAAGGUCUAAAAUAUCUCCACUCGCAUACAACGGUGCACGGGGAUAUCCGUUGUUCAAACAUCCUUGUCAGCUACGAUAGGACUGCAAAACUAGCGGACUUCGGCCUAUCGAAUAUUCUUGCUGAAAAUGCCAUGACGGUAACUACAUCCGAAGGUUCGAUCCCGUGGAGCGCACCCGAGACGUUCUGGGAGAACUGUCACCGAACCUAUGCCAGCGACAUCUACGCAUUCGGGUGUACUAUAUUAGAGGCGCACAGUGGAAAACCGCCAUUUGCAGGGAUGUUCGGCCCGGCCAUCAUAUAUCAAGUCAUGAACGGAUCCCGCCCUCAUCGGCCGGUUGCGCCUGAGAAGGGAUACGACGUCUCUUCCACUCUGUGGACAUUGGCAGAGGAUUGUUGGAAGCCUCCGCUCGAGCGACCUACCGCGGAGUCGCUCGUCGCUCAUCCGGCAUUCAGGAGUCAAGUUUCGGACGAGGUUUCUGUUGAUGGCGCUCCGAUGAUGAACAUGAUCUCCAGUAAACGCGAGCUACUGGCACUGCGGCCGGAGGGACAUCCUAGUCGUGCAUUUUCCCUAUGCGAUCUCAGCUUGAGCCUCCGAUCGCUUUACGAACAGUCUCGGGAUACGGCUGCUCUAGAAGAGGCAAUCUCGCUCCAACGCGAAGCACUCGCACUUCGACCCAGUGGAAACACCAAACGAGGCUACUCCCUAUUCAUUCUCAGCAAAACUCUACGAAUCCAAUACUACGCGACCAAGGAUAGUGCGAUCUUGGACGAGGCAAUUUUACUCGCGCGCGAGGCUCUUGUGCUUAGACCCCAAGGUCAUCCGGAUCGCGGUUACUCGCUAGCAGAGCUCGCUCUCUGCUUGCGGGACCGGUAUAACCGGAUCUGCGACGAUUCCGUGCUUCAGGAAGCCAUAUCCCUCGGGCGGGAGCUGCUCGCAAUGCGGCCAGAAGGUCAUCCUUGUCGCACUUCAGCUCUUUUCGUACUAGCAACGAGCCUUAGGCUUCGGUAUAAACGACCCGCUGCGCUUCAAGAGGCGAUCGAGCUCUAUCGACAAACCCUUGAAUCUCGUCCUCGAGGGCACUCCUUUCGCAGCUCAUCCCUGACCAUGUUGGCCAUAUGCCUUCGAUUACGUCACGAGCAGACGGGCGAGAGAGCACUGUUAGAAGAAGCUAUCGCGCUGAAUCGCGAGACACUCGAACUUCGCCCUAACGGACACACGGGUCGUAGCUAUACCCUCUUCCAUCUGAGCAUGGCGCUUCGGCAGCUUUACUCCCUAUCCCUCGACAUAGCUGUCCUCGACGAGGCGAUCUCGCUUCAGCGCCAGGCACUCGCACUUCGCCCACAGGGACAUCCCGAACGCUGCCACUCCCUUUCCGAACUCGCGCUGUGUUUGCGGCUGCGUUCGCCUCAAGACAGGUAUGCUCUGCAGGAAGCCAUAUCGAUCCUCCGUCAAACACUCGUGCUCUGCUCUGGUGGACAUACACACUACGAUUACAACGCCACCGAACUUGGCCAGUGCCUGCGCUUGCAUGCGUGCCGAACAGGCAGCGGCGACGCUCUCGAAGAGGCGAUCUCGUUGCUUCGCGACGUCCUUGCACGGCUCCCACAAGGACACGACCGUAGUUUUGCGCUCUCCGAGCUCGGCGAGUGCCUUCGGUUGCGAUACACGCGGUCGCACGACGUUUCAGCUCUAGAGGAGGCGUUGUCCGUCCUCCGCGAGGCGUUGUCGCUCCGUCCAGCGGGACACUGCGGUCACGCUCUUACCCUCAAAUGGCUGCUCGACUGCCUGCGAGCACGCAACCAAAUCUCGGGCGACGAAGCGGCGCUCACAGAGGAGGUGUCUCUCCGACGCCAGUACUUGGACCUCCACCCCGAAGGCGAUCCGAACCGGGGCGAGGCGCUCCACAGACUGGGAGUGACCCUCGUAGCUCAGUACGGGCACACCGGGGAUCGCGCGAUCCUCGACGAGGCCGUAACGGUGCAUCGCUCGGCGGUGGCGCUCCUGCCGGAGGCUCAUCCUAACAGCCGGGAGUGGAUCGACCACCUUUCGGCGGCCACACAGCUGCAGUCUGCGGGUCUCGUCGAGGGGCAGAGCGAGGGUGUCGUCGUAGUGCCAUAAAGGCAUGGAUUUCGCCAUGGAUCGUUGGCCCCGUUGGUGUUGUAAGCAUUUUCAGUGUACGAUAGAUUGAUACUCUGUAUAUACCCUGGACUACAGAACACCAGUUUUGGUUGUAGCACAAUUAACACGUCACAG